AUGGACAGCAGCAGUCGCCCGCGCUCAAACACACUCAGCGUCGACACCAGCUCCGUCCGCAUGCCCCAUGUUAACAACGCGCCCUUCCGGCGAGCACGCAAGGUCUCUGGCGGCGGCAUCAUCAUGGAGGACAUUGACGAGAGCCUCGACUUUAUGAACAACCCACCACAGGCCAAGGCAGCGGCCAUCUCAAACAGCACCAACAGCAGCUACGAAUACUUCGAGCCACCGCGCGCGACUCCCCGCGGGCGCAGCCGCACAAACGCCGAUACGCAGCGGCCGAUGAGCAUGCUUUAUGGACGGUAUCUCGCCAAUCAGCGGGCGGCCAAUGUCGGCACUGCUGGUGGAUCCGCCGGACUCGCCCAGCGUUAUGGGGAUGAAGGGCCGGCACCGGCUGCAGCGCGAGGCAUCGCAAAUCAAUACAACCCGGCGCUGACGCGCAAUGGCAACUGGUGCGAUGUCGAGCGCAAGAACCUGGCCGCGUACGAGUACCUAUGUCACGUCAGUGAGGCCAAGGAGUGGAUAGAGGCGUGCAUUGACGAGGACCUUCCGGACAUUCUUAUUAUCGAGGACUCACUGCGGGACGGCGUGGCGCUGGCCAAGCUGGCGCGGACGUUCUGCCCCGAGGUCGUUGGUAAAAUAUACGAGAAGCCGCCAUCUUCUGCGGGCGGCAGCGGCAAUGUGUCAGCGGUCAGCUCGCAGAUUAGCAGCGGCGUGCGGCAGCGGUUUGUGUUUAAAUUUACGGACAACAUCAACUUCUUCCUCAGCGCCAUUCGCCGGGUGCGCCUGCCGCGGCUCUUCCACUUUGAGCUGACCGACCUGUACGACCGCAAGAACAUGCCUCGUGUCAUAUACUGCCUGCACGCGCUCAGCCACUUUUUGCUGAAGAUGGGCAUUGCGCCCGAGAUGCGCGACCUGGUUGGCCACCUUGAGUUCUCCGAGGCGCAGCUGGCGCAGACGCAGGCCGAGCUGGACAACUUGGGCGCCAAGCUGCCGGCAUUCCAUUUGAUUGACUCGAGCAUUGGCAACCGCCGCCCGCGCCUGUCCCGCGAGGUGAUGCCGAUGAAAGUGGACGAGCUGUUUGAAAACGACAACGACCACAACAAAGACGAGUACUCGAGCGACUCUGAGCCUGAAUCCGAGGAAGAUUGUGCGGAUGACCGCAAUAACGACCAUGGUGACGAUAGAGAAAAUACAACAGUCACCGAGCGCUCGCUGGGCACAAGGCAAAAGUCCGUCUACUUCAAAGACAAUGUCACAUUCCUGGACGACCCGAACAUUGAUCGGAUGGAGAAGGCCAAGCUGUACUGGCAGAAGCGCAUCGACAUUGUGCUGCAGUUCCAGUGCUCUGCGCGUCAGCGCUUGGCCGAGCGUUUGGUGGAGGAGAAGCGCCAAGCGCGGCGGUACCUGCGCAUGGUCAACUCGUCGAUUGUCAUGCAGUCGAUGGCGCGCAUGGAGAAAGCCGAGGCUGAGCAACGGCGCCUCCAAGAAGAAGCCGAGGCUGAGGAGCAGCGCAUCGAGCAGGCCAUGCGCGAGCGGGCGCGCAAGGAGCGCGAGCGCGUUGACAAGGAGAAGGCCGAUCGCGCCAACGCGGCUCGCGAGCACCAGGAGCGGCUCGAGGCCGAGAGGUUUGAGCUGGAGCGGCGGAUUGUCGGCCUGCAGGCGUUGGUGCGUGGCCGGCUCGCGCGCAAAGUGUUCGACGAGAUGCGCGGGUGGACGGCGGCAAUUGUGCGCUUCCAGGCGCUAUGCCGCGGCAACAUUGUGCGCAACCAGGUCGGCGCGCGGCUGUCGACGUGGGGCCGCGUUGAGCAUGGCGUCAAGCAAGUGCAGGCGCUGUGCCGCGGAUUCCUCGUGCGGCGCCGCAUCAAGGAGCGCCGCACGCACCUUGAUCGGAACAUCAACGUCAUUGUCAAGAUGCAGAACAUGUACCGCGCCAAGCUGGCCGGCAAGGCUUACCGCACGCUGACCGUCGAGGACACGCCGCCGACGCCCAAACUUGUGCAGAGCUGUGCGCCGCUGCUGGAGGACACUGACCAGGAUCUCGAGGAGGAGCUGGAGCUUGAGCGGCUGCGCCAGAAGGCUGUCAGGCAGAUCCGUGAAAACCAGCAGACGAGCCGCGUGCUGGACCAGCUGGACAUCAAGAUUGCGCUGCUUGUGCGCAACCGCAUCUCGCUUGAUGAGAUCGUGCACCAGACCAAGCGCCACUUCCGCUUCCUCGAGGAGCUGCGGCGGCCAGCGUCAAUGACCCUGCCCGGUGGCGGCCUGCGCAGCGCCUACACAUCGCUCGGCCUGGCUAACGUUGCAGCGGCCGCAUCCAACUCGCUGUACUCGCUGAAGAAUAUGGACAAGGAGUCGCGCAAGCGGCUGGAGGGCUACCAAAACCUGUUUUACCUGCUGCAGACGCAGCCGAUCUAUCUGGCGCGCCUGCUUUUCUUGAUAAACCAAGGCGGGUCCAAGGCCAUGCGGCAGUCGCUGGUGUCCAACAACAGCAAGGCUGGCAGCAGCGGCAGUGGCGGCAUGGGCAGCAGCCAGCCGGAGUCUGGCGACUCGAUCUCGAUCUCCAAGCUCAUCGAGACCAUUGUGCUGACGUUGUAUGGCUUUGCACAGAACGCGCGCGAGGAGUACCUGCUGCUCAAGCUAUUUUGCGCGGCCAUCCAGAUUGAGCUGUCGUCCAUCGAGUCACUACAAGAGUUUUUGCGUGGUAACCCGAUAUUCAUCAAGCUAGCAGUGCACUACAACCGCGGCGCCAAGGAGCGCAAGUACCUGCGCGACCUGUUGCAGCCGCUGAUAAAGAAGGUCAUUGAGGACGGCGGGCUGGACCUCGAGUCUGAUCCGCUGGUGAUCUACCGCACGAUCAUCCGCGAGGAGGAGUCGCGCACGGGCGAGAAGUCGCGACGCGCCUAUGAUAUCAGCCGCGAGGACGCGCUGAACGACAUGGAGACGCGUACGACUUUCAUUCGGCACCUGCGGCAGCUGCGCGUGCUGGCCGACGAGUUCAUUGCGGCGAUCCAGGGCUCGCUGGACCAGAUGCCGUACGGUAUGCGCAAGUUCCCCGACGAGCCCGAGGCGCAGGUGAUGAAGAUCGUCGGGCACCUGGUGUACUACCGGUACAUCAACCCGGCGAUCGUCGCGCCCGAGUCAUUCGACGUCAUCGAGACGACGAUUUCGCCACUGCAGCGCAAGAACCUGGCCGAGAUCGCCAAGAUGCUCAACCAGGUCAGCGUCGGCAAGCACUUUAGCGAGGACAACAUGUUCCUGCAGCCGCUUAACAACUACGUCGGGUAUACGUCGGCCAAGUUCUUGGCGUACUCGUUCGAGGUGACAGACGUCGUUGAUCCCGAAGUGCACUUCCAGCGCGUCGACGUCGGUUCUGGCGGCGUCGGCGUCGCAGAUUCUGAGCGACGCGGCGAUCAGCGCGAGCCAGGCGACUUCGUCGGGCCGCAGCUCGCCGGCGCCCAGCGGCCGGGCUCGAGGAACGGCGCGGCGACUCCGACAGGGCCGCCACCGCCGCCAUCGCUGCCGGGUGAGAAGGUCAUCCGCGAGCUGUCGAACCUGACGUUCGGCGAGCUGAAGAAGCAGGUGGCCAAGGCAAUGCGCGUGCUGGAGACUGAGCGCUGGGUCGAGCGCACGCGCAAGUCCAACAUCGGCACAGGCGCAGCGCCUGGCGAACAGCCGCCCAGCGGGCCGCGGCCGGCUUACGCGGCGGUAUUCCGCGUGCGGCGCAGCGACGGGUACCAGGGCAUGCUCAACGCCAUUGCGCGCGACAUCCGCACCAAGGCGCAGCGGCGCGAGCGGCGGCGAGCCGAAAUGCGGCGGAUCCGUAUCACGCUGAUGAACCUGCGCGAGAAGAGUGACUAUCUCGAAUCGCAGCGCGUGUCGUACGAGCAGUACCUCGACACGUGCACAAAGAAGCUGGCAGCGGUGGCGACUCAACGUUCAGUGCGCUACUUCCAUUUGCGCGACCUGCAGCGCGCGGGGCGCGUGCCGCGGUUUGGGUCGUUCAAGUACUCGGCCGAGAAACUGUACUACAAGGGCGUCAUUGUCAGCGUCGACGGGUACCCGCCGCGCCAGCUGGAUAAGAUCAGCCUGACGAUCUCGUCCGACCAGCCGGGCACGUUUGACGUGCAGGACCUGCUGCAGCUGCAGUACGACAACGUGCAGACCAUGACGCUGUACGAGGGCAGCGUCGUCGUCAACACCAACUUGCUGGUGUUCCUGAUCAACAAAAAGUUCUAUUCGUAA